AUGGAGAAGAUUGUUGAUAAUUCCCAUCUAAAAGUCAGAGGGAGCUGGAACAGUUUGUGGAAAGUUAAAGUUCCCCCAAAGGUUCGCUUUAUGGCUUGGAAAGCAAGGAGAGAUUGUCUUCCUACAAGGACUUUGGAAGAUAAGCAAAUUGAAUUGAUGGUAAUGAACAUGUGGAGUAUCUGGUAUAGCAUAAACGAAAAACUAUGGAGCCAAAAAGAUGUUAGUGUAGAUUCCUGCAUAGCUAGUGCUGACAGAGUUCUCCAAGACUGGAAAUUUUCUAACAAGAAGGGUGAGACUACGGUGGGCAGAACGGAAGUGAAUCCACAAGUAUCUUGGGCUGCUCCUCCUAACAACAUGGUCAAAUGCAAUGUUGACGUAGCGUUUUGGAAUCUUUACAUAAAACAGGGUUGCUAUUGGUCUGCUUGGUGCCAUGAAAUGUAUGAUGUCUAUGGGUUAACUCAUGUUAUUUUCGAGUUGGAUAGUAAGGUUGUGGUGGACAAAGUUAUCAAGCCUGCAGUUGAUGUUUCAGAACUGGGAGCUGUUAUUAGAGUGUCAUGGUUCCUUUCCAUUAAUGAGAACUUUAGUGUUCAAACCAAUAUGGUGGCUCAUGUCCUGGCUAAGGCCUCCAUAUCUUAUGCUUUCUCCAAUGUUUUUGAGAAUAUUCCUCUUUGGAUUGCUUCAUUGAUUUUUAAUGAAAUGAGUUAA